AGUACAGGAAUUAUAACCUAUGUAACCUAUGUUCAGUCUUCAGCUGUUUAGAUUUCUUGUUUGACGUUAAUUAUUUCAAUGUUGCCGCGUACUUUUAACACAAUUGUUUCAAUAACGUUUUUUUCUCUGUGGAAAUAACGAAAUUUCAUCAUGGUGCUAAGUGAAGUAGAUAAAUUUCUCCACGAAUUAGAGAAAGCUGAGUUAGAGGCGCCUGGUGGAGUUGCAUCACCACAGACUUAUGCUCAAUUAUUAGCUGUAUAUCUUUAUCAGAAUGAUCUAUGCAACGCCAAAUACUUGUGGAAGCGGAUACCAGCGGACCUCAAAAGCGGAAAUGCAGAACUUGGCCAGAUAUGGAUGGUAGGACAACGUAUGUGGCAAAGAGAUUGGCCUGCAGUUCACGUGGCCCUCAAUGCAGAAUGGAGUGAAGAUGUCUCUGAUAUUAUGGCUGCUUUAAAAGAUAAUGUUCGAGAAAGAGCGAUUAUCUUAAUAUCGAAAGCUUAUUCGUCGUUGGGUUUAACCGUGUUCGCGUCAAUGACGGGCUUAACGUUGGAAGAAGCGCGUCGGGUUGCCGUUGAAAGGGGCUGGACCGUGGAUGGGACUAUGGUUCAACCUUGCAAGAUUCAGAAAGAAGAGAGUAACCUUGCCAACGAAGUUUGUCUUACCGAGGAUCAGCUGUUCAAACUCACUCAAUUCGUGUCCUUCUUGGAGAACUGAACAGGCUGUAGCGAGUCGUCAAUGAUGAAGUUCACGCAACACGAAGACACGAACAUCGACAGUACUUUAAACUUAGUUUUACCUCGUAAUCGUAUUAUAUAAAGGAGGAAGUGUGCUUCAAAGGAAA